AUGCAGUUCUCCAUCUUCAGCAUCCUGGCUAUCGCCACCGUCGCCAUCGCGGCCCCUCAGUCGUCCUGUAAUAACGGCGGCCUGUUCUACUCCGACCCAAAGACUCUUGAGCCCUGCAAGUCUGAAUGCGCUGGCGGAACCUGCGCCUUCCAAGGCAAAUGCGAGACUGACCCCAACAUCCCUCUUCUCUGCCUGGCCAAGUGCACUUGCUAA